GAUAUUACGUGCUAAGUUGCGUUUUUAAUGUUUUUAAAGCGCUUUUGGCACUUUCUCGCAUAAAGUAGUUCAAACUUGGUUUGUUUUGUAUGAAACUUGGCACACAACACUAUUUGGUAUAUAUUUUUGUGUUGAAAUGAUUAGAAUCCAAAACAAUAAUCAUAUGCUUGAUAUUACAUGCUAAAUUGCGUUUUUGAGGUUUUUUAAGCGUUUUUGGUACUUUCUCGCAUAAAGUGGUUCAAACUUGGUUUGCUUGGCACGAAACUUAGCACACAACACUAUUUAGUAUAUAUUAUUGUGUUGAAAUGGUAAAAAUUGAAAUUAUGUUCCUAUGUUGUUCUAGUAUAUUUCUAUUCAUAUUCAUUCAGGUACUCAUCAACAAUGCACUUUUUCAAAGAUAAAAUUGUCCCCGAGAUUGAAACUUCAGAUAAUGAGCAUCAUAGUGAGUUGGAUAAGGAAUAUGAUCUGGAGAUGGAGAAGGACAUAAUUGAUGAUGAUCAUGAUUCCGAAGAGAGGGGUGACAAAGAGGAUGACGACCCAGUUGUUAGACAUGAGAAUAUGGUUUAAAACGCCCCACCAUAUCCCUCGGAGAUAGAAAUAGUACCAACGGAUGCUCUCACAACCACUACUAGCAUUGGUUCUAAGAAGAGAAAAGGACGAGGUCCUAUGAAAAGCCUCAAAGUCACAGAACCCAUGCACUUGGAAUACAAUGCAUUGGGUCAACCCUAUGGCAAAUGGCGUAGGCAAUAUGGAAAACAAAUCGGCAUAUGUAUCCGUAAGAAUUCCAUAUUGUACGCAUGGAACGAGGUUCCAAAGGGUUUGAAGAACUCUCUAUGGGAUGAUAAUGUGAAUCUUUUUCACAUUGAGAACGAUGAAGAGAAGAAGAAUAUAUUUCUUUCAGCUAUUGCUGAAAGAUUCAGAGAUUUCAAAUCCAAGCUUGUAACUAGCUGGAUCACCAAGAAACGUGCCCGUAAGACCGAGAAGGUCAAAACGGAAAAUGAACGUGGAGACCAAACACCUUCAAAGAUGCCCUAUGAAAUAUGGGGUCAUAUAUCGAAGAAUGAAUGGGAAGCGUUUGUUGCCAAAAAAAACAACUUCCAUCAAAGUUGAAAAGCGGUGGCAAAGCUUCUGAAUCAGCAAGCAAAAUGAAGUUUUACCAUCGCUUGAGCCCAAAAACGUACGAUGAGGCCCGAAAAGUGUGGGUGGAUGCGAGUUUAUACCCUAAUCAGAGUCUGACGACCUCAUCUACGGCUACCUCUGCAUCCGUGAAUACUUCUACUGGAGAUUGGUUGCGAGAUUGGAACUAGGGACUUCAUUUCCGAGAUUCAAGUGGUAAAUUUACCAUUACUGAUUCGGGAACGAAGAAGGUUGCUGAUGCUAUGAUGGGCUAGAAGGAAAAAGAAGCAACGGGGGGUUCACCCCUAGAGGCAAUAUUGAUGCAUUGCAUAUGGUCUUAGGGAAAGACCAUAGAGGGCUGGUAGUCGGAAUAGGAGGUAUCCGCGUGGUGUUAAAGAAGGCCUUCGGCAAAGAGUGUGUCGCUACUCAAUCUAGAACAAUGCUACCUGAAGAAGUAGCGACCCUCAGAAGGGAAAUUACGAUUGGCGUUCUCGACAAAGUUGCAUUCGUUUUGCAGAAGAUGGGAGCACCCAUUGUAGACUUGGCAAAUAUGAUUUUCGAGGAUCAGCAAAGUCAACAUGGGGAUCCUAAGGCUUCGAUCGAGCGAACACCCGAGGCCAUUACUCCCGUUGCUCAAAAUCCAACACCCCAGUCCAUUACUACCCCUGAAGCUCAAAAUCCUACACUGAAGACCGUGAACUCCGCUACUCAAAUUCCUGAGCCAACACCCGAGCCUGUGGUAAAGGAGACGACUCCUUGUUCUCUAUUGUUGCCUCAGUUAGGUGUGGCCAAUGGUGGUGACUUAACUGAGGUUGCAUAUGGUGUUGCACAGCCAACCAAAGAGAGCCAAUGGUGGUGACUUAACAGUGCAUUCCAUGCCUAUUACAGGUAAGUGUGACAGUAGAAACUAUUGUAAAGGGGUUUGAAGAUUUCUCACUCCCAGUUCCAAUGCCAGAGUGGAGCCUUGAGAAACUAUCAGACGCCCAAGGUAGUUUCGUCACGUGACCAUAUGCUUGGGUUCAAUUCACUACUAAGAAAAAGAGUCUAAAGGGCUCUAAGAGAGAGAUCAGUUCCUCAUCAAACGUUGGUUCAAAGUCGAUGACAACCAAUCCAAUUUUGACUGAUGCAGAGCUAAAAGAUCUCUCUUCAGAUUGCAAAUGGCAGCACACAUGUGCAUCUCGCAUGUGUGAGGAGCGCCCAAUCAUGCUACCCCUGCAGAAGGACCAAUUCAGCUUUGCUGAAAACUCUUUUAUAAUUAUCGGUCCUAGUGAUAUUGGGCAAUUUUUGAGAGGAAAAAUGUUGAAUGUAGCUCUUAUACAUGUCUACAUGACGUGAUGUUCAUUAUCUUACAAUUUAGGCUUUAUUGUUUAAUGGUUUUAAUAACCGAAUUACUGACAAAAUUUUCUUGUUCGUGAGUUUAUUGUGGCUUACAAGGAGCCAAAUUGUUGCGAACCUCCAAUAAAAAUUAGACG